UCCCUUUUCCCCUCCUUCCCUCUCUACCCCUCUCCGGCGCUCGUAUUUACGGCCAUGCCAUUCUCCGUCGACGACGACGCGGCCCCGCUCCUCUCCCUCCCUUUCUCCCUCCUCGAACCCGACUUCGACUUCGGGUUCGGGUUCACCCCGUGGCAGGACUCGCCCCCUCCUCCAUGCGACCAAACCGGGCCUGGAACCGAACCGGAGCGGUCCCUCUCCCCGCCCGAGCCGGACCGGGCGGCGGGGCCGUCUCCGGCCGAGGAGCGCCGGCUCCGGCGCAUGAUCUCGAACCGCGAGUCGGCGCGCCGCUCCCGCAUGCGGAAGAAGCGCCACCUCGAGGAGCUCCGGAGCCGCCUCGCGCGCCACCGCGCCGAGAACCGCGAGCUCGCCGCGCGGCUCGGUGACGCCGCCCACCUCUCCGCGCUCCUCCCCCGCAACUCCGACUGGCUCCGGGCCGAGUUC